AUGACAACCACAACCAAGCAGAGCAUCAUCAUCAGCUCACUCUUAAAACGCAAGCAAGCCAUCAAACCAUCCUCACCCCUGCUGACCUUCAGAAGAACCUCCUCAACUAACCUCGAACAGCAUCAAUCAAACUCAGAACCUAGACCUAUCCCUUCAAGCUCAACCUUGUCCGUGGACUCGGACUCAAUCAAACAGCAAUUUAGAUCAAUCAAAACCAACUUAUCCAAUCAAUUUGCCGACUUUCCGGCUAAAUUAUCUCAACUCACCGGAUAUGGUGACAUUGAUAAACUCAAGUCCCUGGUCUCUCAAACCGAAGCUAACCUCAGAACCAGUAGAGAGGAUGCCGUACAAGCCAAGAUUAAAUACAACUUGGCUGCUCAAAGGAGAGCCGAGAGUAUCAAGGAAGUAAACGAUCUGCUCGCCAGAAAAGCAAGCUGGUCAGACCAGGACCUUGCUAGAUUUACGACCUUAGUCAGGACAGACCAUUCUAACGAACAGGCUGAAUCGGAGGCCAAGAAAGCAUUGGAAGAAUCUGAAGCAAAAGUCGAUCAACAAUUUACGAACAUGAUGCAAGCAAUCCUUACUCGAUAUCAUGAAGAACAGGUUUGGUCUGACAAGAUACGAUCUUUGUCAACCACAUUUUCACUAUCAAUCACUCUCAUUAACGUUCUAGUUUUCCUGGCAGCAAUUGUAUUGGUCGAACCUUACAAAAGAUCCAAAGUAGUUUCUGAGGUUGAAGAAAGAAUCGUAAAGCGGGACAUGAACAACACCGACAUUCUUGAUCGGGCUCUGAAUACGGUUGUCGAUCGACUGUCUUCGACAGAGAAACAGCUCUCAGAUUUAAUUACUUCGUUGCAAGCCCCUCUCGCGCUGACUACAUCGACAUCCCCUUUGCCACCUUCAACAUUGGAUGACAUACCUAUCGUACCUGCCUCCGCUAUCUCAUUGGAAACAAACAAAAUGGAAGAUUCAAUGCCAAGCCCAAUCCCAAGAUCCAGGACCGAUCAGAGAGAUUACUUGGCGAGUCCGGAAAUCAAGAAUAUGCGAGAGACGACUGAGGAUGUGGCAGGUGUAGCAGAACAAUCAUCUGAAGAGCCCACAACGUCCCCCCAGCCUCCUCGAUCUUCCUCGUGGUACGACAAGCUGAAUCAAGCUAAAGACGAUUGGUUAGAGAGCCGCGACUACAAUAGCCCAGACCAAGAAUCUCUCAAAGCUAUCGGAAUUGGCACUGUUGUUGGGAUCAUCCUACUAAGUAGCUAUCACUUCUUUUCCCAAUGA